GCUAUAGGGAGAGUCCCUUUCAAAGCAGCUCUGGGUUCAAAGGGUUCAAAGGGAGUUCUAAAAAAUUGAUUUUCAAGAUCCUGCAGACUCCUGGUUCAAGCAUUGGUUAAAGGAACAUGUCUUUGAAGCAUAAAUGGAAGUCUGCUACAAAGAAGUCGUCAGCCCUCAAGCGUCCACCUGAGACAGUGGUAGCCGUGUUUCCGGACACAAAGAAAGGCGAAAGAGCUUUCCAAGCUCUACAAGAUGCUCUGAAAGAACAUCAACAAUCUACCAUCGAGCGUCUUCCUUUUGAGAAACUCGAUUUCGGCGAUUUAGACAUGCUGGAAAAGUUCUACAGUGCUCCCGUGGUGGUGGUGGAUGUAACAGAGCGACAGUACGAAGCCUGCCUCUAUUAUCAGCUGGGGAUACGAGAAUCGUUUGGCAUGAAGCACAACAUAGUGACGUGUGUGGACCAACAAAACUCCUACACUGGAGGAAGGAAGGCGAGCAUCAUACCCACUGACCAGUCAAGCAGUACAUCCAGCUAUGGGUUUCUUGGUGGCAGUUUUACCUUUCUGGCCUACUUUGUGGACCCAGAUGGCCAUUGCAUGGUGAAUGAGGGGCACGACCCCACCCAUCCACAGAGAGUGCGUCUGGAGAAGAAACUUAAGAGUCUGAUCCAAGACAUUCACCUGGAUGUCAGGAAAAACUUCAAAGAGAUGUUCUUCAAGUCCUUGCAGCAGGUCCGAGAGUCUAAGAAAGGGGACGAGCUAAAAACGGAAUUGCAAAAGCUACGCCGGCUGAUUGAUUCUGACCCCAAACUGUUCACAACUGACGUCCUCCUCCGCUUGAUGCUCACCUACAGAGACAUACAGGACUAUGAAUCAAUGGUGGACCUGGCAGAAAGUAUUCCCGACCAUAAUCAAAUCCAGAAGGCACCAAUUCAAGUGCAGUACGCCUUCGCUCUCAAUCGGAGGAACAAGGAGAAGGACAGAGACAAAGCACUGGAGAUAUUAGAGAAGGUACUUGAGAACAAAGAGAACCAUGUGCCAGACUCACUCUGUCUCUGUGGCCGUAUAUACAAGGACAAGUUCGUUGAGUCAGAUCACUCGGACAUUGCCAGUCGAGACAAGGCUGUCCAGUGGUAUAGGAAAGGGUUUGAAGUGCAACCUAACGAGUACGCAGGCAUCAACCUGGCCACCCUCCUCGUCAUAUCUGGGAAGGACUUCUCUACUUGUCCUGAGCUCAGGAACAUCGGAAAUACUCUGAAUAUUUUGAUUGGACGCAAGGGCAACCUGGAGACGCAAACGGACUACUGGGCCGUGGCCACCUACUUUGAGAUCAGUGUUCUGGCUGAGAACUACCCGAGAGCGUGCGAGGCAGCUGAGUUCAUGUUCAAACUCAAGCCCCCUCUUUGGUACCUGAAGUCAACAGCCGGUAACAUCCAGCUCAUCAACUCACUUCGUAGCAGAGACUACGACUCCUCGGAUAAGCCGGAGGAGAAGCUGUUUGCCUUCUGGAUGGAGUUCUUUAUUGACGCCAACCGGACCGACUUCCCCUCCACACAGUUCCCAGUGCUUAUUCUGGAGCCAGACAAGGAGAAGAGGACUGGCUUUGUGUACAUUCCUAGCUACAUCACCUACCACGAGGGACAGACCAACAUCCACCCCGAGUCAUAUAUUCAGAUCUGGUAUUGCUCGUCCGAGCAAGUCCCAGGGACUACUAGUGAGUGGAGGUAUUCCCUCUCUUCUUUGAAGAACAUGAGCAUCAACAAGAGAGACGAGAGGGGACUGCUCCUCUAUGUAAUUGACAAGUUCGGAGAGGACUUCCAAUUCUUCUUCCCCUCCAGAGAGCUCUGCAAGAAAUUCACUGACUUGGUUCAGGACGGCCUGACAGAAGCUUCCUCCAGUGAGGGACGCGUGGUGAGCUUUGAUGACGACGAUGAAGACGAAGACGAGAUCCAGUAUGAGUACGAGCUGGACAACCGCGGGGAGAGGGUGGUGUUGGGACAGGGGUCCUUUGGCACUGUGUACUCAGCACUGGAGAAGAGCACACUCAAAAAGAUGGCUGUCAAAGAGAUAGUGAUGAAGAAUAAUGUAGAGGAUUCCGGGCACGCUCAGGCAACCCAGGAAGACAUCAAGCUUCAUCGCCACUUACACCACAAGAACAUAGUGCAGUACUAUGGGGCCACAACGGAGGACGGUGUGCUCAAGAUAUUCCUCGAGUUUGUCCCUGGAGGGUCACUGUCCUCCCUGCUCAAGGUCAAGUGGGGGGCCCUCACGGACGAGAACACCAUACGCCAUUACACCCGACAGAUCAUUCAGGGUAUCAAGUACCUCCACGACCAACGCAUAGUACAUCGUGACAUCAAGGGAGACAACGUCCUGGUCAAUAUGUACACAGGGGAGCUCAAGAUCGCUGAUUUUGGUACCUCCAAGAGACUGGUUGGACUGCAGAACUCGGCCAAGUCGUUCACAGGUACGAUGCAGUACAUGGCCCCUGAAGUGAUCAGAGCUGGCCUCAGAGGAUAUGGCCCUCCUGCUGACAUCUGGUCUCUUGGGUGCACUGUGGUUGAGAUGGCAACAGCUAAGCCACCCUUCACUGAGUUAGGGGCUCCUGAAGCAGCCAUCUUUAAGGUGGGCAUGUAUCACGAGCACCCAGAGAUGCCUGACUUCCUAUCAGAGACAGCUGUGGAGUUUAUCUUACUGUGUUUUGUGCCCAAUGCUGCUGAGAGAGCCACAGCUGAGGAGCUACUGGCACAUCACUUCUUGUCUACAAAGAAGAAAAAACUUCACAUGAACUCUGCACCGGAUCUAUUUCGAAGCAAAUCUAUGGCCGCCACUCAUGUGAUGCCUGACAUACCGUCCUCAGUGCGGUUCUCAUCAGCCGUGACCAUACCAGCACAGAAGAAGUCUCCCGUUUCUCCAGCCACUGCUGAUGGAGGAAAGAGACUGUCUCAACCAAUCAUGCCCCCUCUCCACGAGAGUGAGGCAAUUGAGGGCAAUGUUACCCAGAGCAACAGUGGAGUGUUCCUACCCGAGCCGGAGUUCAACCAGGUCAAGAUGCACGCACACAACCAAAUCAUCCUCACCAACGUCCUCACCUCAGAGAAAGAGAAGAUAUGUGACGACCUGUUAGAGCACGUCAAAGGUCAGCUGGACUCUCAGAAGGUGCACGUGACUCAGGAGCAGCUGGAGGAUAUUAUUGAUGCCGUCAUUGCAUUUACUAAACACGAGAAUGUCGAGGAAAUGGAGACUAUGUUAUAUGAACUCAGAAGAGAGUGUGUCAACGAGCAGCUACAGGCUCAGAUCGAGCAGGUCAUCUUCCACUUCCCAAACAUGGUGACAGCUGCCCACAAGCGUCGUGGCACAGCCCCUCACUGCAUCUUUGCCAUUGACAACCUUGUACGCAAGGCCACGAACAGUCUUCUCUCAAUAGUCUCACCAGACACGGCCACUCGACUGGGCAGCAUGGACGACCUGAUGAGCCUAGUGAGCUCAAAGAGCUCCUCCCCCUUACCCAACAGACACGCCUCCUCUACCAAGUCUGUGACGUGGUCCCAGGACAGCUACGACUCUGACAACCAGCUGUCUGAACUGAGACGGCAGCUCAAGGACGUGCAGCAAGAGAACAUUAGUCAUCUGCGAGAUCUGGUGAACGUGAGGAAGGACAUGAACAAAGUGCUGGAGAGCAGUGUGGAGGAACAGAGACUCCAUCUCGCUCAGGCGGAUAUAAACACCACUGAGGAGUCAAGAGCACCAACUGGAUGUGCUGGUGGAGAGGAGUUACCCCAGGACCUGGAGGAGUGGUUGGGUGGGUGUGGCAUAGACACACACACCAUGCUAAGGUUUGGCAUCGAGCAGGUGACACUGAACGAUGUGUUAUGUCACAUGACCCGGCAAGAUCUCGCAGACAUGAACUUAAAGAUAGGACCACGAUGUCGGGUAUGGGCCAAAGUCACACAACAUCGACAAUCAUUAUCAUAGCCAAACACUGACCCAAUAUCGCUUAUCGAUGUUUGUUUUUUGUUCGUCAUAAAUAAAUAGUAUGCCCCCUCAUCGUGCAUUUCUCUACACUGAUUAAUUUUUGUGCAACGGAAUCAUUGCUAUGGCUACACCUAAGAUGAUGAAACAGUAAUUGAUAA